GAACCUUCGAUCUGAUUGGUGGAUACCCCUGUAUUUUAUGUACUAGGUAGGUACCUACUAAGUGCCUACUAAGGUACUUUACCUACCGGCAGGCUUGAAUAUGCCGAAUUUUGGCGUAAUAAACUCAGUAUAGCUUCAACAGAGUAAAAAGAAUCAUGUUAGCUACCUCUAAUUGUAAACGACUCUGUUUCGACCCAAUCUACCUGUGGUGUAGCAUCGUCGCCUAACUGCUUACCCCUCAUCUCAUCUGGAUCCAUUCCCCAUCCUUUCACUUUCGUUCAUAUCAGUAAAACGAGACAGAAAUUAUCUAAAAGUUGCGCAUAAUCAGUAUUUGUGAAUAUCUUGGUGAUGGUUAUAUUGAAAGAUAAAAUUACAGCAUGGAGGCCGUAGCCGCUCUUGGUUUGGCAUCCAAUAUACUCCAACUCAUAGAAUGUGGGUAUAAAGUGGUUGCGACAGCGAAGGAGCUUUACGAAUCUGGUGAAGAAACCACCAAUGCCAACAAGAAUGCUGGUUUCAUAGCGCAAGAGAUGCGAGAAUUGAGUCUUAGGGUGAUGAAUCAAUUGCCUACCUCUGGUCUAACCAACGAUGAGAGGGCACUUUGCCAGCUUGCGCAGCAAUGCAGUCAGCUUUCUAACAAACUCUUGGUGCUUCUAGAUGAUCUGAAACUAAAGAAACCGGGAGGAAAAUUAGAGGCAAUGACGGGAGCAGUGACGGGAGCACUGCGGAAUAUGAGAAAGAAGAAGGAACGAGAUCAGCUUCAAGCAGAUCUUGACAGAUACAGACAACAGUUGAACGUACAGAUUAACAGCAUGUCUCACUCAGAUUUGGUGCGGAAACUAGAUGAGACUCUGGGUACGACAUCAAUGACCCAGCAAGAUAUAUUACACCUGAGAGACCAAGUGCAAAAACUUCAGCAUAAUUUCAGGUUUGACUCUGCAAACAUGGCAGAUUUCUUCUGUAGAGUUCAGAAAGCCGUCGAAGCCCCAUUGCAGAACUUUGCUAUCUUGCAGGGUUUGCGAGAUCCUCAAAUGCAUAAUCGUUUCGAAAAUGUCAGCACCGCGCAUCGAAAGACAUUUGAGUGGUUGCUUCAUGGUCCAGCAUCCUCCGAAAAUGGUGAGGAAAUGGGGGACUGGGCAAAAGUAGCUGCAGAAGCCAAGUAUCAAAAACAUAGAGAAUUCACCACAUGGUUAGAAGAAGACGCGGCCUCGCGCAAGAGGAGUAUCUUCUGGAUAGCAGGAAAACCUGGGGCUGGGAAGUCGACUCUGAUGAAGUUCAUAUGCGAGAAUGAAGUCACCCUUGAGAGACUCAGGUCUUGGUCCGGAGAAAAACAACUCAUCCGCGCCAAGGCCUUCUUCUGGAAAAUGGGAGAAGACGAACAGAAGAAUUUAGCGGGAAUGGUAAAGUCUUUACUCUAUCAAAUCCUGCAAGCGGCGCCGAGAUUGAUCCCAAUUGCGUUCCCCCAGGAAACUGCUAACAGAACGGCCUUGAAUAAUCUACUAAGAAGUGCCCAGGCCUUCAAGGAACAUAAAAUGAUAUUCUUCAUAGAUGGCCUUGACGAGUUUGACGGACGUCCUCUCGAAUUGAUACAGGAAAUCAUUGGAUGGACAGAACACAGUUCCAAUCAUCUCAAGAUAUGUGUCUCGAGCCGAGAAUGGAAUGAAUUCGAAGUUAAAUUUGAGGGAAGUCCAAAUCUUCGAAUCCAUGAGUGGACGCAUGCCGACAUCAAGAAAUUUAUCAUGGACAGGUUUGAUGAAAUCGAAGACUUAUCUACUCCACUUGAUACUACCGCCCUUAGUAUCUUGGCCGAAGUGGUUGUUACCAAGGCUAAAGGUGUCUUUCUCUGGGUCCGCGUCGUUCUAGCCACCAUAGAACAGGGUGUGCUUAACGGAGAUGAUUUUGAAGACCUUGAGCGAAAAGUUGAGGCCUUCCCGACAGAAUUGAAAGGCCUGUACCAGCACCUCCUCGAGUCUAUCCCAGAGUACGACCGCCGAAAGGCAUUCGAGACUUUGAUCUUCACUUUUCUCGGACGAUCCUUACUGCAGUAUAAAUUCCUAGGCGACUUAUCUAAAGACCCAGAUCUCGCCACGAAGCUAUCCAUGGAACCAUUGCUAGAGGAAGAUCUCAAAAGAUAUCUAGUCAACACGAGCCGCCAGGUAAAUGGCCGAUGCAAAGGUUUCCUUGAAACCCGACCCGCUGUGAGAGGAGAGACCUUUAGGGGAGAUAUGAGUGUAUCAUUCAUGCAUUCAACAGUUUCGGAAUUUAUCUGCCAGCCAGAUACUACAAACCUCAUCAAAACCUAUAUUGAUGAUAUCGACAUGUUCGACCGACAAUGUCAAGUCUUCAUUGCUUUUGCAAAGUCUAUAGACAGUGUUCUGUUUUAUUCUCCAGGUCCACCAAACCCGAUGUUGGAGUGUCGGUUUAUACGCGACUUUAUGGGAAUAAUCGAAUUGUUCAUUUUGGCCAAAAUCAACCGUGGCCCUAUGUUAUAUACAGGAAGACUAAGGUCAACAGCUAGAUUUUUAGACUUCAUAGAGCAGGCCGAUGUAAUCGCAACCCGGAGACUUCACACAGAUCCAGACAAUGGCAGAAUCAAUAUAUGGACCAAUAUUAUUACCAGUAGGGGUUCUCGUCAUCACUUUCCCAUCUCGUGGAAAAUAUCUAUAACACCGGCUCAAGUUGUUAAGAUAUUAGUCGCAAAAUAUCUGCUAAUUGAGUAUUUUGAAAAGGACGGCCGCUGCGACCUACAGGAUCUUCAUCAGACUGAUCCAUUAUUAAUGAACCUCAUUGUGGACACUGUUUUCUCGAGUGUCUCCGGCAGACUACACAGUUUCAGGGCGUUCCGAAUGUUGGAAAUGCUAUUUGAAGCCGGAAUAUCGCCUAAUAUGGAAGUUAGGGUAUCUAAGAUAGGUAGUGCAUCGGAUAACAUAUAUGAUCUAUGGGGUUGGAUCAUAAGACGAUUAUUUCUUAGGAGAACACCCGAAGUUGCGUCGCUGGGGAUACCUGAAGAUUACCCUGGUGGAUAUGAAAUGGGGUACGCAUACCGACUGAUAGAACUCGGCUUCCGAUAUGGUGCUAUGGUGGAUUUCAAGUUGGUAUUGAGCCGUUGUUAUGACACCACAAGUACUAAUGAACUGAUCGUCGAGGUAACGGUUGUUGAUGAUAAUGAUAAACAGGCCCCUCCUUAUUUCCGAAGCCUGAAUGUCGACUACCGGCUAGAUAUUGUCAAGUACGCAAGAACAAAGAACGGGGUGCUUAGCUUCAGAGAUCUACUUGCUUAUUGCUUCCCUCACAAUUACGACCAUCUCUAUUCACUGAUAGAUAAAAUGGAACUUGCUUCAUCUACAACAGGGUCAGCAAAGCGUUGUACACCAUUGCCAAUCAUGCCGGUACUCUUCCCAGAAAAAGAUGAAUGGGUGUUCUGUGAACAAAAGGAGGGUGUCGAGUUGAGAGAAUGCAAACCAUGCCUCACACACUCUGAGAAAUGCUUCGACGACUUCGAGGCAAGGCUUCAAGGCAAAGAACCGGGACAUGUAAAUCGAGGCGAUAGCAUAUAUUUCAAGAGGGAACAAUAGCCUAGAGUUAGACUACAUCGUUGUUAUCGAACCAAAUGUACUAGAUAGCUACUUACGUAGGUAGAUGCU